AUGUUACAAAAUGUAUUGAUUUCAUCUAUCAGUAUUUACUACUUCCAUUUAUACGUAUAAUUUUAUAAUGUAAAUUUGUGAAUUGCAUAAUUAUAAGACUAACUCGAUUGAAACAUAUGAAUACUACUACUUGAUUCGAUUUCUUGUAAUAGACGAGCGCUAUAAAUAGUGUUAGAAAACGGUUUUCGUGGACCUAGGAAUAUGACAAAGCAUAUCAAUUGCAACAAGUAAUUGUUGGGACAAGUCGACAAGGUAAACCAAUGUCUAGUUUAGGUUGUCUGUUACUUGGUUCAAUUUCAAAUUUCUGAAUGUAAAAAUAUAAAUCUGAAAAUUUGAAUAUUUGGAUAUUUGGAUAUUUAAAAAUGUUUAAAUAUCUAAACUUCUAAAUUGAAAAAUUUAGGGAUCUGAUUUCUACUUUCUCAUAAUUGGCGGUUUAGAACAUGCGCAAAAAAGCAACCAAUCAAGUUUGGGCAUCUGUUAUUAGGGUCCCCACUUCUUUUCCUAUAUUCCUAGAUCCGUAGUCUCUUUGAAACCUAGAUGUCGCGUGCGUAACCGGAAAACUUCUAGAAAUUGAUGAAGUGCGAACAAGAAAUAUGUUAUAGAUAUUGUUUUAUGUUGUUAUUUUACAUCGAUUAACAAUUAAAUUUACCUAUUUUUUUGUCGUUCGAUUAACUUGAAAUUUCUGAACAACAAAGUGUUGGAUUUGAUUCGUGUUGUAUUUUCGAGUGACGCCGUAGCCAUGAUUGUUUAGUUUCGGGGGGAUGAAAAGUGAACGCGAACGACGGAUUUGAAUGAAACGCGUGUGAUCACAGCAUACCAAUGUAUUUCUGUGUUUAACGAGUGUGCCUGUUAAUUAAGAGAUAUGGCUAUUUAGAUAUUUCUUUGAAAUGUGGUUACGAAGCGAACAUGUUGGUAGAAGAUUGCGUGGUCGUUUAAAUAUAAACACCGCAUCUAGAACCAAAAUAUCCAAUCAUCGACUUCAAAUUAGUAGUUUCCGGAAACUUCCAUCUGUUAGCAAUAAUAAUCAUCGUACUGAUAUACCAAAUAAAUGUGGCAGGCUAACACGAUGGAGGCAUAGAUGUAUUCAUUUUUUAAAAGAGGCUUGUAAAGAAAAUGUUUUACGUUUUGCGAAGUCUACACCUAGUAGACGAGAGAGAAGACCUCGUAGAAGAAAAUGCAUAAAAAGAUCAAUGGUUACUUCAACUCCAUUACAUCGAACUUCCACAAAAGAUGCAGUUAUUCCACCAAAAUGUGCAACAGUAUCUAAGGUUUCUGAAGAAUCAAAAGAAAAUUGGAAUACAACUACCUUAACUCUAUAUUCCUCUGUGCUAAAUACAGAUUCAUGUUACUCCUCUAUAUCUACUAUAAACGAUUUCAAAUCUUCAAGCUCAAACGUAUCACCAUUAUUAAAUCUAAUGUCUCCAGCACCUGUAGGAUCAAAUUCAGACCUUUCAUAUGUAUUGGAGGAUGAUGAAGAUAAAAAUAUUGACACCGGCUCACUAUACUAUUCUGCUACUUGUACACAAACAGAAAUAACUGAAGAAUGUUAUAAUAUAAUGCAUUCUACAUCCAUGUAUGGAACUCGACCCUAUCCAUCAGAAAAAUAUUUUCCAAACGGAAAAUAUGCAUUUAGUAAUAACAAUGCCAGUAACAGUAAUUUAUCAAAAAUUCAAUAUUCUAUUGACAGUCCAUCAUCAAAGUAUGAGUCGGGCUUUGUUAAUACAAAAUACAGUACAACAGCUAUGUACAGUUUAAGCCAUAAUCAUUCAUCUGACACAAAUGGGAAUGUUACGGAAAAGUAUGAUUCUGAUGAUAUUGAGGGCGAUUAUCAUGACGUCGAAUACAUGGAAGUUGGAAGCGAAGAAAUAGUAGAAAGUUGUGAUAUGGAAAAUAUGGUUACACAUGUUCAAGAAGAUUGGGAACCGUUUGAUCCUUAUGUUUUCAUCAAGCAUUUACCGCCUUUGACUCCGGCAAUGAGAGCCAGAUGUCCUGCUCUUCCACUUAAAACACGUAGCAGUCCAGAAUUUAGUCUCGUGUUAGAUUUGGAUGAAACAUUAGUGCACUGUAGUCUACAAGAACUUUCGGAUGCAGCAUUUCGUUUUCCAGUUGUCUUUCAAGAUGUAACAUACACAGUGUUUGUUAGAACACGACCGUAUUUUCGAGAAUUUUUAGAACACGUGUCAUCACUGUACGAGGUAAUCCUUUUUACGGCGAGUAAACGGGUGUACGCGAACAAAUUAAUGAAUCUGUUAGAUCCGACACGAAAAUUGAUUAAAUACCGUCUGUUCCGAGAACACUGCGUUUGUGUUAAUGGAAAUUAUAUCAAGGAUCUAUCUAUAUUGGGUAGAGAUUUAUCUAAAACUGUUAUUAUUGAUAAUAGUCCACAAGCAUUUGGAUACCAGUUAGAGAAUGGUAUUCCUAUAGAAAGCUGGUUCGCUGAUCGUUCAGAUAACGAAUUAAUGAAAUUGUUACCUUUCUUAGAAAACUUAGUAAAUUGGGGAGGGGAUGUUAGACCACGUAUUAGAGAACAGUUCCGGCUUUUCAGUUUUCUACCACCAGAUUAAUUUAGUCAGCACAAAAUUAACAUAAUCGAAGUACUAACCUGUGUAGGUAUGUACGUGUAUGUAUAUCUUACAGGUAUUAAAUACAUAAAUGUAAGAUAUUAACACGAAGCGUGCAAAAUACACGCCAAAAAUUUAUACAAAUUGCAAUAUUUUAUUAUUAAGUACAUUCAGUAAUGAAAUUUGAGAAUGAUUCAAAAUCAA